GCACGGCUCUAGCUCACACUCAGGCAAACCCUCCCUUCACAUUUCCUCGGCUGUCACCACAUGGGCAACCGGAAGAAGAGACCAGCGUGGUUAGUUGAGAGUGUUUCGACGGUUUUGUUUUGUUUAACCCCACAGCCGAUGUCUCUUAGUAAUCGAAAUGACCGAAAGUAAAGCAGAAACGGCAACUAAGCCGGCGAAAGAACUGCUGGCGCUCAACCCUAAACAAGAGUCUGAGUUCAAGAAGAAGGUGCAGGAGGUGAAGAAGAACAAAUCGGGCAAGGGGAACCGUUUGACCCCAGGAGUGGUUUAUGUCGGCCACCUGCCCCUGGGCCUGUUUGAGCCUCAGCUCAGAUCUUACUUCCAACAGUUUGGGAAGGUCUUGAGGCUGCGGCUGUCCAGGAGUAAAAAGACAGGUGGAAGCAAAGGCUAUGCAUUUGUGGAGUAUGAUUGUGAUGAAGUAGCUAAAAUUGUCGCAGAGACCAUGAACAAUUACCUCAUGGGAGAGAGACUCAUCAAAUGCCAUGUGAUUCCACCGGAGAAGGUGCACGAGAAGCUGUUUGUUGGCUCCCAAAGGGAAUUUAAAGAACCCUCAUAUCCCGCUGUGGCACGCUACAAUAAGAAACGCACAGCCGCGCAGGCUGAGAAGAUGAGAGACAAACUCCUGCGGAAAGAGUCGAAGCUCCGCAAGAGGCUCGCAGCACACGGCAUAGACUAUGACUUCCCAGGAUUUGCUGCCCAGGUGCCUCAGAAGAAAAAGUCCUCUGACUCCAUGAAUGUGUCUACGUGUAGUGAUGACACCACACCGGUCUGCACCCCCUCUCUCCUGGAGAGGAGGAAGUCCAUGGUCGUCGACGAUGAUGCAGAUGACGAGAUUGUUAUUAAGAUUCCAGCUGUAGAGAAAGAUGAAGAGUGUUCUGAGGAGGAGGAGGAGGAGGACAGUAACAAUGACGAGGAUGAUGACUCAGAGAGCGAGGAUCCCUCUGAAGAGGACACAGAGGCGAAGUGAAAGUCUUCACUGUUUUAUUGUGGACUAAAGGUGUCAGAGCAGAGAUACAUACAUGUGUGCUCUUUGAUUUUCUUGAUGGGACGACUUCGAACUUUGUUCAGAAAUCAGUGUGUCUUUCUUUAUGUGGAAAUCACUUUACAAUUUAGAAAGAAGCUAUUAUGAAAGACUCCAGUGUAAUUGUGGGUCUAUAGUGAGUAUCAUGAAUGGUGCUUGCAAAAUCAUCCUAAUGAGCCUGAUUUAUGGGCAACAGUUGUGCUACUUUGACAAAGGCAAUUUUCCAUUUCAGUCUUUGAGCAGACUGUAUAAUUUGCCAUAAAAGCCUCUAGUGUUGAUAAAAAAAAAUGGCAGUAUUGCAGCAACAUUGUCGUUUUCUUCCUAAACACACUUGUCUAAAAGCCUGGUUUACAUGGAUAUUAUGAUCUUUAAUAAUAAACAGUGUCAGAAUAGUA